AUGCCAAACACACUCAGACCCAAACGGCAGUGGUGCAUGCAAGUGCAGGGGUUGAUAGAACAGGUGGCUUCCCUGACCUCCCUUCCCCUCCCCUCCCCUUCUGCCUCCCUCCCCCUCCCUUCCCCCUCUGCCUCCCUCCCCCUCCCCUCCCCUUUUUCCUCCCUCCCCCUCCCUUCCCCCUCUGCCGCCCUCCCCCUCCCUUCCCCCUCUGCCUCCCUUCCCGUCCCUUCCCCCUCUGCCUCCCUCCCCCUCCCUUCCCCCUCUGCCUCCCUCCCCCUCCCUUCCCCCUCUGCCUCCCUUCCCAUCCCUUCCCCCUCUGCCUCCCUUCCCCUCCCUCCCUCCUCUGCCUCCAUCCCCCUCCCUUCCCCCUCUGCCUCCCUCCCCCUCCCUUCCCCCUCUGCCUCCCUCCCCCUCCCUUCCCCCUCUGCCUCCCUCCCCCUCCCUCCCCCCUCUGCCUCCCUCCCCCUCCCUUCCCCCUCUGCCUCCCUUCCCCUCCCUUCCCCCUCUGCCUCCCUUCCCGUCCCUUCCCCAUCUGCCUCCCUUCCCCUCCCUUCCCCCUCUGCCUCCCUCCCCCUCCAUUCCCCCUCUGCCUCCCUCCCCCUCCCUUCCCCAUCUGCCUCCCUCCCCCUCCCUUCCCCCUCUUCCUCCCUCCCCCUCCCUUCCCCCUCUGUCUCCCUCCCCCUCCCUUCCCCCUCUGCCUCCCUUCCCGUCCCUUCCCCCUCUGCCUCCCUCCCCCUCCCUUCCCCCUCUGCCUCCCUUCCCCCUCUGCUUCCCUCCCCCUCCCUUCCCCCUCUGCCUCCCUCCCCCUCCCUUCCCCCUCUGCCUCCCUCCCCCUCCCUUCCCCCUCUGCCUCCCUUCCCCCUCUGCCUCCCUCCCCCUCCAUUCCCCCUCUGCCUCCCUCCCCCUCCCUUCCCCAUCUGCCUCCCUCCCCCUCCCUUCCCCCUCUUCCUCCCUCCCCCUCCCUUCCCCCUCUGUCUCCCUCCCCCUCCCUUCCCCCUCUGCCUCCCUUCCCGUCCCUUCCCCCUCUGCCUCACUCCCCCUCCCUUCCCCCUCUGCCUCCCUCCCCCUCCCUUCCCCCUCUGCCUCCCUCCCCCUCCCUUCCCCCUCUGCCUCCCUUCCCGUCCCUUCCCCCUCUGCCUCCCUCCCCCUCCCUUCCCCCUCUGCCUCCCUCCCCCUCCCCUCCCCUUCUGCCGCCCUCCCCCUCCCUUCCCCCUCUACCUCCCUCCCCCUCCCUUCCCCCUCUGCCUCCCUCCCCCUCCCUUCCCCCUCUGCCUCCCUCCCCCUCCCUCCCCCUCUGCCUCCCUCCCCCGCCCUUCCCCCUCUGCCUCCCUCCCCCUCCCUUCCCCCUCUGCCUCCCUCCCCCUCCCUUCCCCCUCUGCCUCCCUUCCCGUCCUUUCCCCCUCUGCCUCCCUCCCCCUCCCUUCCCCCUCUGCCUCCCUUCCCGUCCCUUCCCCCUCUGCCUCACUCCCCCUCCCUUCCCCCUCUGCCUCCCUCCCCCUCCCUUCCCCCUAUGCCUCCCUCCCCCUCCCUUCCCCCUCUGCCUCCCUUCCCGUCCCUUCCCCCUCUGCCUCCCUCCCCCUCCCUUCCCCCUCUGCCUCCCUCCCCCUCCCCUCCCCUUCUGCCGCCCUCCCCCUCCCUUCCCCCUCUACCUCCCUCCCCCUCCCUUCCCCCUCUGCCUCCCUCCCCCUCCCUUCCCCCUCUGCCUCCCUCCCCCUCCCUCCCCCUCUGCCUCCCUCCCCCUCCCUUCCCCCUCUGCCUCCCUCCCCCUCCCUUCCCCCUCUGCCUCCCUCCCCCUCCCUUCCCCCUCUGCCUCCCUCCCCCUCCCUUCCCCCUCUGCCUCCCUCCCCCUCCCUUCCCCCUCUGCCUCCCUCCCCCUCCCUUCCCCCUCUGCCUCCCUCCCCCUCCCUUCCCCCUCUGCCUCCCUCCCCCCCCCCUUCCCCCUCUGCCUCCCUCCCCCUCCCUUCCCCCUCUGCCUCCCUCCCCCUCCCUUCCCCCUCUGCCUCCCUCCCCCUCCCUUCCCCCUCUGCCUCCCUUCCCCUCCCUUCCCCCUCUGCCUCCCCCUUCCUCCCAUCCCCCUUCUCCCCCUCGCUCCCCCGCUCUGCAGGAGUACUAUUUGGAUUUCUUCGCUAUGGACGCGAGUACUAUUUGGAUUUCUUCGCACUGGACGCGUAUCACUUCACCCUGCACGUGCCACUCAACGUCUACUCCUUCGUCUCCGCCACUGUCGACCUGCACAACACGCAGAGAGUGGCUGAACGCUCAGUAGACGCCCUCCUAGCCCUCUGCCUGAGCUUGAGGAAGCGCCCGUCUAUCCGCUUCCAGAGGGGAUCAGAGUUAGCAAGACGUGUGGCACAUGAAACAGGGGUGAGUAGGGAGGGGGGAAGGAAGGGAAGUGCGUGGGGAAGAGGAAAGGCGUGUCGACCUGCACAACACGCAGAGGGUAGCAGAACGAUCACGCAUCAUGUACGAGGCAGAGAAGCCCCUGUUCGACUUGAGGCACACGGACGCCCUGCCGCUGCUGCUCCUCGCUGCUUAUUACUGUCAUAUUCACUUUCCCCUCUACUUCCCUCCUUUCCCUCUCCCUUCACCCCCCAGCGCAUCAUGUACGAAGCAGAGAAGCCCCUCUUUGACUUCAGACGCACGGACGCCCUGCCGCUGCUGCUGGUGGUGGACAGGCGGGACGACCCGGUUUCCCCGUUACUCACCCAGUGGACGUACCAGGCCAUGGUGCACGAGCUGAUAGGCAUAGAGAUCAACAAGGUGGAUUUGAGCCACGUGGCGAACGUGAGCCCUGAUCAGAGGGAGGUGGUGCUGGCAGCGGGGGAGGACGAGUUUUUCAAGCGCCACAUGUACGACAACUUUGGCGAUGUUGGGAGCGCCGUGGCCAAACUGGUUUCCGACUUGCAGAGCAAAGACAGGCGCAACAAGGGCAUUCAAACACUAGAGGGUGCGGCCCAGAGGGAGGUGGUGCUGGCAGCGGGGGAGGACGAGUUCUUCAAGCGCCACAUAGGGUGCGGAUCGGAGGGUGCGGAUGAGAGGGAGGUGGUGGUGGCAGCGGGGGAGGACGAGUUCUUCAAGCGCCACAUGUACGACAACUUUGGGGACGUGGGGAGCGCCGUGGCGAAACUCGUCUCGGACCUACAGAGCAAGGACGGGCGCAACAAGGGGAUUCAAACAUUAGAGGGUGCAGAUCAGAGGGUGCGGAUCAGAGGGUGCGGAUCGGAGGGUGCGGAUGAGAGGGAGGUGGUGGUGGCAGCGGGGGAGGACGAGUUCUUCAAGCGCCACAUGUACGACAACUUUGGGGACGUGGGGAGCGCCGUGGCGAAACUCGUCUCCGAUCUGCAGAGCAAGGAUAAACGGAACAAGGGCAUUCAAACACUAGACAACAUGGCAGCAGUGCUCGAAUCAUACCCCGAGUACCGCAGGCAGGCGGGCAAUGUGGCGAAGCACGUUGCGAUAAUGACCGAGCUGCAGUGCGUGGUGGGGGGCAGGAAGCUCAUGGCCGUGUCUGAAGUGGAACAAGAAUUGGCAUGCACAUCAGGGCAGACCGCUGCUUUUGAGGCAGUAACAUCAAAGAUGGCGUCUCAAGACAUAGCAGACGUUGAUAAGCUGCGGCUAGUGAUGCUGUAUGCCCUGCGGUAUGAGGAGGACAGCCCCCGUAGCAGCAAAGCUGGCGUCUCAAGAUAUUGCCGAUGUGGACAAGCUGCGCCUGGUGAUGCUGAAUGCCCUGCGGUACGAGGAGGACAGCCCACGGCGCCUGCAGGGACUCAUUUCAUCCCACCCCUCCUCUCCUUCACGCUCUCCUCCCCGCCUCCCCACCAUCCACCACCCACCACCCACAAUCCACCACCCACCACCCACCACCAGGCAGUAGCAGCAAAGCUGGCGUCUCAAGAUAUUGCCGAUGUGGACAAGCUGCGCCUGGCAGUAGCAGCGAAGCUGGCAUCUCAAGACAUAACAGACGUGGAUAAGCUAAGGCUGGUGAUGCUGUAUGCCCUGCGGUACGAAGAGGACAACCCGCGGCACCUCCAGGAACACAUUUCAUCCCACCCCUCCUCUCCUUCACGCUCUCCUCCCCGCCUCCCCACCACCCACCACCCACCAUCCACCACCCACCACCAGGCAGUAGCAGCAAAGCUGGCGUCUCAAGAUAUUGCCGAUGUCGAUAAGCUUCGGCUGGCAGUAGCAGCAAAGCUGGCGUCUCAAGAUAUUGCCGAUGUCGAUAAGCUUAGGCUGGUGAUGCUGUAUGCCCUGCGGUAUGAGGAGGGCAGCCCACGGCACCUGCAAGCGCUGAUCAACAAGUUGAGCGAUGUGUGCCGCAACCCCAAGUACAAGGCUGGGGUGAGUGGAGUGGGGGAGUGGGAUGAGGAACGGUGUGUGGUAUGUUCGGAUCAAAGAGGAGCGUCGCGGAUCUGUACGACAGCAUGGAUACACCACACUCCCUUCGACCCACCCAUUGCUGCAAUCCCUCCCUCUGUCUCGUACCCUCCCAUUGCUUCAUGUGCGCGCCGGCUUGUAUACACUCUUCUGCGCCAAUUCGGAUCAAAGAGGAGAGUGGCUGAUCUGUAUGGCAGCAGGGACUUGCUCAAUAUGGUAGCCAGGAAUGUGAAGCGAGGCCUCACGGGCGUGGAGAAUGUGUACACGCAGCACCAGCCGCUCAUAGCGCAGAUCAUCGAUGCUGCCACUAAGGGGCGGCUUUAA